AUGGCUGAUCAGCCAAAGUUUUCAGCCAGCGAUCAACCACAGCGAUCAGCCUGCGAUCAGCCAGCGAUCAGCCACAGCGAACAGCCAGGGAUCAGCCACAGCGAUCAGCCGGCGAUCGGCCAUCGCAAUCAGCCACCGCAAUCAGGCAGGAUUAGCCUCAGCGAUCAGCCACAGCGAUCAGCCAGCGAUCAGCUCAAUCGAUCAGCCAGCGAUCAGCCACAGAGAUCAGCCAACGAUCAGAACCAGCGAUCAGCCAGCGGUCAGCCACAGCGAUCAGCCAGCGAUCAGCCACAGCGAUCAGGCAGCAAUCAGCUACGGGGAUCAGCCAUAGCGAUCAGCCGGCGAUCAGCUAAGUCACAGCGAUCAGCCACAGCGACCAGCCAAAGCGAUCAGCAACAGCGACCAGCCAAGGUUCAGCCACAGCGAUCAGGCACAGCGAUCAGCCACAGCGAUCAGCCAGUGGUCAGCAAAAGCGAUCAGCCAGCGAUCAUCCACAGCGAUCAUCCAGCGAUCAUCCUCAGCGAUCAACCAGCGAUCAGCCACAGCGAUCAGCCACAGCGAUCAGCCAGCGAUCAGCCACAGCGAUCAGCCACAGCGAUCAGCCAGCGAUCAGCCACAGCCAUCAGCCACAGCGAUCAGCCUGCGAUCAGCCACAGCGAUCAGCCAACAAUCAGCCACAGUGAUCAGCCACAGCGAACAGCCAGCGAUCGGCCACAGCGAUCAGCCUCAGCAAUCAGCCACAGCGAUCAGCCAGCGAUCAGCCUCAGGGAUCAGCCUCAGGGAUCAGCCAGCGAUCAGCCACAGCGAUCAGCCGGCGAUCAGCCACAGCGAUUAGCCAGCGAUCAGCCACAGCGAUCAGCAAGUGCUGAUCAGCGAUCAGCCGAAGCCAUCAGCCAGCUAUCAUUCUUUGGCUGA